GUGCUCAACGGGAGGCGAAGGAUCCAUAUGAAGGUGAAGAGGCAAAGAUUUUUAUGAGGCGGGUUGAGCAAGAGUAUAAAACAAAUUACCCUAAUAAAAUUAAGGACUUCAAGUUCCAGACCGAUUAUGCUAAGAGUGACAGGUCCUCAUGUAAACUUUGUAAGGCAUCCAUAGCAAAAGAUUCCUUAAGGCUAGCAACCUUGGCUCAGGCCCCGAAAUUCGAUGGGAAAAUUCCUCUUUGGUACCAUUUUGGUUGCUUCUUCAAUAAGGCGAAAGCUGCGGUAGAUACAUCUGGGAUCAAGAAUUUUGACAACCUUCGAUGGGCUGACCAAGAAAAGAUUAGACAAAAAAUUAAUAAUCUUAAAGAGACAUUAGCGUCUACAUCUUACAACAUUAAGAUUUCCAGUGUCCAAGUACAAUGUAGCGAUUGUAAACUGUCUGUUGAAAAGGGGACUACUUUGGUUUCGAAUAAAACGAAUGCUUAUCAUAUUAGUUGUUUUUUGAAAGGAAAUGAUGUUCCUGGUGAUAUCACCACAUUAGCUGGCUAUAAGAAACUAAAGAAGGAUGUAAAAAAAACCAUAGAAGAAUUGGCCACAUCUCUUUCUCAACCAAGGACCAAGUUACGCGCAUCAAUACAAAUUUUCUAA